CUCUCCCCCAUCAGCAUGGACGGGUUGCCAUAGUUACGGGGGGUGGCAGAGGGAUGGGCUUCGAGGUGGCGCGACGCCUGGUGGGGCUGGGCAUGCACGUCAUCAUCGCUGGGAACGUUGAGCAGGAGGGACUGAACGCCGUGGUCCAGAUCCGCAAGGAGACCAAACAUGGCAAAGUGGAGUUCCUCUUUCUGGAUCUCUCCUCUCUGCGCUCGGUGCGUCAGUUUGCCCAGAAGUUCAAAUCCACCGGCCUCCCUCUCCACGUGCUGGUCAACAACGCGGGUGUGAUGUUGGUUCCAGAGCGGCGUACUGCAGACGGCUUUGAGUUACAGUUCGGCCUCAACUUCCUGGGUCAUUUCCUGUUAACCCAUUUGCUGCUGGACACAAUCAAGCGCUCCGGCCGACACGACAGGCACAGUCGAAUAGUCACCAUGUCAUCAGCUACGCACUACGGAGCACGCCUCAACAUCAACGAUCUGCAGAGCAGGUCGUGUUAUAGUUCGCAUGGUGCGUACUCCCAGUCUAAGUUGGCGUUGGUCAUGUUCACCUACUUCCUGCACGAGCAGCUGCUGGCGGGGGGGUUUCCUGUCAGCACCAACGCCGUCGACCCCGGAAUGGUGGACACACAGCUCUACGAGAACCUCUGUAGCCCCGCCCAGAAACUCAAGAAACCAGCUGCCAAACUACUGUUUAGGACUCCAGCAGAGGGCGCCUCCACUGCUCUGUAUGCUGCAGUGGCCUCAGAACUGGAGGGAGUCGGGGGCUCAUACCUCUACAACGGGGAACAGGUGUCCUCCUCUGAGCUGUCCUAUGAUGAGGAGCUGCAGACACAACUGUGGAAGGCCAGCUGCAGCCUGGUGGGGGUGUAG